AUGGAAAAAUUGUCAGAUUUUUAUAUCGAAAAAGCUAAGAAUGACCUUAAUGAGACGGAGUCUAGGAAGGAGCAGUCAAUCAAGCAGUUUUACGAGUGGCUCAGCAAGCAUCCGUUCAUUACUAAAUGUGAAAUUGAUCCAUCGCAAAUAGUUCAAUUUCUUCGUGCCCGGAAGUACCAAAUGAGUAAAGUCUACGAAAGCUUUAAUAAAAUAAUUAAAAUACAUCAAAAUUUCUCGUACAUUUUAAAUUAUUCAAAUUUGUAUGAACUUAAUGAAAUUUAUGAAAAAGGACCAUUUUUAAUUAUGAAAAAUUACGACAAAAAUGGACGACGAAUUUGCAUUUUUAGGCACAAACUUCUCGAAAAUUUAAAUGUUACUUUUCAUAAUAUUCUAAAAUUAAAUCAAAUGAUUUCAGCAUUCUUAUUAGCUGAGUCAGAAGUCCAAAUUUGUGGAAUUGUUACAAUUCAUGACGUUCGGGAUAUUUCCAUGAAAUAUAUGAAAAUUAUGGACGUAAAUAUUUUGGGAAAGGUUGCAUCAAUAAGCGAAUUUGGAGCACUGCGACUUAAACAAAUUAUCAUUCUUGGACUUCCAGCAAUUGCAAAUUCACUCUUUGAGAUCGUCAAGACAUUUUUGAAUGAUAAAAUUAAGAACCGAAUUGACAUUUGUAAAAAUGUUGAAGAUUUGACUAAAGUUUUGGAUGUAAAAGACUUGACAGUCGAGUACGGUGGAACUGACAAUUCUAAUGAUUGUAUUAAGUACCAUAAGAAGGCUUUUGACAUUGCAACUAUUAAAUUAAUUAAUUUUCUUAAUAAUCUUGAAGUUGAUGAAGAAAAAAUGAGAAAUUAUGAAAAUAAAACUAAUUUUGAGGAUUUUACUAGCUUAAGGAAGUUGGAAAUUGAUUAA